AUGGAUGCCGCUGCAACAACGGAUCAUAUAAAGUUGAAGCAAAUGUUUCAUAAGUCAAGCGAACGCCGGAAAACUUUAAUUUGCUCUUCGGUAUCGGUUGCCAUUAUCGUUCUUGUCGGCGGUGCAAUCUUCUUAUGUAUACUGUGGAAACAGAGUACAGUCAAUGAAAAACAAGAAUAUCGUUUCAUUUGUGACACAGUUAAUGAGAGUUACGUCAAUCACGAGACUGAUUGUUGUCAACCUUUAGGGUCAGCCAACUGCAAUAUUACCUUAUUGGAGAGCAUACCUCAAAACUUAAGAUAUCAUCAUGGUGCUCCAAGGCACAUGUCCACUUUCCAUGGAUGGUUGAAGCUCUUAAACAGAGCCAAAUCAAGUGUAUAUAUUGCAUCUUCUUAUUGGACACUACAAUCUGAUGACCUGCCAGUGUGGAAUCCCAGCUCAUGGCAAGGGGAAUAUAUUUUCUCCAAGCUUAUCGAAGUAGCCAAACGAGGUGUCGACGUCAAAAUUGUACAUCAAGUUGAUUCGAAAAAUCUACCCAAUCGAGACCCAAAGAUUUUGCAAGACAUGGGACUUGCUGAAGUUCGAGUUCUCGACAUGACAAGGCUGAUAGGAGCAGGGAUCAUACAUACCAAAAUGUGGUUGGUCGAUAACAAACAUUUCUAUCUUGGUAGCGCCAAUAUGGACUGGAGGUCACUUACUCAGGUCAAAGAACUUGGUCUUCUAAACACGAAUUGCAUGUGCCUUGCAAAUGAUAUGUCUAAGAUCUUUGACAUUUAUUGGAUGAUGGCCACAUCAUACUCGUCAAUACCAAAAUACUGGCCAUCCUUUCUGGACACCAUGUACAAUAAAGAAUAUCCACUAGAUUUAUCGAUCAAUGGCGAUAAGGGUAAAGCCUAUCUCUCAUCGUCCCCUCCUCAACUUUGUACAAGUGGAAGAACGACGGAUAUCGAUUCGAUCCUUGAUGUCAUAUACAAAGCGAAAAAAUUUAUCCACAUUUCUGUUAUGGACUAUUCCCCAACAUUUUUAUAUACCGCGCAAAAAAGAUAUUGGAGCAUUAUUGAUGACGCUUUGCGCUCAGCUGCAUACGAUCGUGGAGUCCAGGUUCAUUUGAUGGCAAGCGAUUGGGAACACACAAUACCUACUAUGAUCCCAUUCUUGAAGUCUUUAGCUAAUGUUGGAACAAUCGAAUCUGUCGAUCUUGAAGUGAGAUUAUUCAAAGUACCAGCAAGUAAAAGGCAAGCAAGAAUUCCAUACAGCCGUGUGCAGCACACCAAAUAUAUGGUCACGGAAAACGUUGCAUAUGUAGGAACAUCUAACUGGUCAGCGGAUUAUUUCGUAAAUACGGCAGGGAUUGGCCUAAUCAUCAACCAAACAUUACCAGAAUUUGAGACUCGACUCCUAUACACGGAGAUUAUUCACAGGCAGCUACAAGAUGUGUUCGACCGCGAUUGGAAUUCGCCUUACACAAAAUCAAUUUGGUCUUAUUAAUGCAAUCGCGGAUAAUUAAAUUUACACAAUUAAUUGGUUAUCGAAUUUAAUUUGGUCUAAUUACUGCAAUUGGGGGCAAUUUUACUAAGAAUACGAUUUUUCUUUGUGACGAGAGAGUUCAUUACAAAUAAUCGAACCAUAAAAGUUACAUAAUCAUUGGGGCUAUUUUUUAUAAAAAAUAUGUACCGUUCUGCUUUUUAUCGUGUACAUAAUGAUUUCAAAGAUAAAAAUUUUCUAAAUCCUAAA